AUUGCUAUGGAUAUGAUAUCAUUUACGCAGAAGGUGGCUCUAAUCACAGGAGCAAGCUCGGGGAUCGGAAGGUCCACUGCUAUCCUGUUUGCGAAAUUGGGAUGUCGGUUGUCUCUGAUUGGUCGUGAUGAACAGCGGUUGAAGGAAACUGUAAUGGAAUGUCAGAAAGUCAGUGGAACGCAACAUCCACCUGGGAAGGAACCAUAUCUUUAUGUCGUGGCUGACUUCGUGGAUCUUAGACAAAUAGACGCAGCUUUUGCGAAGACACUUUCGCAUUUUUCGCAGUUGGAUAUUUUGAUAAAUAACGCGGGAUGCCUACCACGUGAUUCUAUAGAAACUAUGGACAUGGAGCAACUGGAUCGCACAAUGAAGGUGAAUCUUUACUCGGCGAUGCACUUGACUCAGCUUGCCGUCCCUUCACUGACCAAGACUAAGGGCACAGUUGUCAAUGUUUCGAGUGUUUGCGGUAGUCGUUCGUUUUCUGGUAUACUUUCAUACUGCGUGAGCAAAGCUGCAUUGGAUCAGUUCACCAAAUGUGUCGCCCUAGAACUGGCUCCGAAAGGCAUUCGCGUGAACAGUGUCAACCCUGGUGUAAUUGUCACACCUUUACAACGCCGUGGCGGGAUGUCACCAGAAGAGUAUGAAAGGUUUCUGGACAACUCCAAGACCUCCCACGCCUUGGGUAGACCUGGAGAACCAGAGGAAGUGGCUCAAGCUAUUGCCUUCCUCGCCAGUUCGGCGUCUUCGUUCACCACUGGUCAUCUUUUAGCUGUUGACGGUGGACGAGGGGUAAUGUGCCCACGGAAAGAAAAUGAAAGCGAGUGUUUGCCGAUGUUCUUUUUGAAAAGUGUU